AUGCCAUACAUUAAUGCAAAUCAAAAUCAUCCAUCAUUCUCAACAUUGUUGGAUAUUAAGGCACAGAAAUGUGGACUGCGCCACACAAUUUUCUCAGUCACUGGGAAUGAAUACACUGGAGAGUGGCAGGACAACCAGAAGCAUGGGAAGGGAACUCAGGUGUGGAAGAAGUCUGGUGCCAUUUAUGACGGAGAUUGGAAAUUUGGAAAACGUGAUGGAUAUGGCACCUACAGUGUACUAGUCCCGGAAACAAAAGAGUAUGCAAGGAAGUACUGUGGUGGAUGGCAAAAUGGAAAGAAGCAUGGGUAUGGGAUGUACUUCUACAAUAACUCAGCAGUUUAUGAAGGUGAGUGGAGUGAGGGUCUUCGAAGUGGAUGGGGAAGAAUGUACUAUGAGAAUGAAGAUAUCUACGAAGGAGAGUGGCUGAAGGAUAAGAAUCAUGGACAGGGCAUCAUUCGAUUAGCAAAUGGAAGCUGGUAUGAAGGCAGCUGGAAUGAUGGCAAGAAGAACGGCGAUGGAAAGUUCUACUAUCCUGACAAAGGCCAGCUUUAUGAAGGCUUUUGGGUGGAUGGAGUAGCAAAAUGUGGGACCCUGUUGGAUUUUGGGAGGGAUGAAGCUCCAACACCAACAAAGUAUCCCAUUCCAAAGAUACAACUGGUGGAUAUGCAGAUGGUUUUAAGGGAAGCCCAAACGACAUACCUUGAUCAAUUUUGA